AUGUUACGUUACUCUUGCGUAACUCAUGCAUCAUCAAUUACAAGAAAUUCCUUAUUUAAAACUUAUUUUUCCAAGUUGUCAUCCUUAAAUUUGAAGGGAGAAAAGAAUUCACUUGAUGUGAACCCACCUUUGAAACGCUACAGGAAUUCUACUUCUGUUAUACGUGCAUUAAUUUCAUGUGUGCAACCUGUUCCAGAAGCUCCAAUUUUCGAUUUAGGUCCAGAUUUUAGUCGUUUACCGACCGCAAGAACACGUCUUUGUAUGUUGUCAAAAGCUAAAGGUCGUUUAGCCGCAAGAGUAUCUGCCAGAGAUUUUUUUCCAAAUGAUAUUACAGCUUUAGGUACAGAAGCUCCACUUAUUAAUCGAUGGAUACCUAUACAAACUCCAGAUAAUAUUUUGAAGCGUGCUGUUGAAGGAUCAUUAAGCAAUGAUGAAGCUAUGGAUCGGUUGAUUUUACUUCUUGCUCCUGAACAUUCGUGGAAAUUAUAUAAAGAGAUAGCUCCUGAUUACAAAUGGACAUCGAAUACUUUGCAUCGUUUGCUUGACCUUUUAUGUGUUACAAAUGGUGGUCGAGGUGGAUUUCAUUCCCAUGUAUUAUUAAAUAAUUAUAAUUGGAGUAAUCUUCCAGAUCCAGAUGAAAUCUAUAUAACUCACCGUUUUGAUAUUACUACUACAUCUAAUCAUGAUAAACAAAUAAUAACCAAUCGAAACGAGUUGGAAAAUACAACAAAUGACGAAAUCAACGAUGAGUUUACAGGGGACUCCAUAUCAUUAGUAGAAGAAUCUAAUAAUUGGGAUUUAGAUACACCUGCAGAGAAAUUGUUUCAUAAAGAAUAUAACAUUCUCAAUACUCCAGCAGGUUAUCGAAGUAUGAUUCGUGGUGCAGCUAGAUUUGGUAAUGCUGAUCGUGCUUUCGAAUUGACUAAACUUGUAUGGGAAUCAAAACAUGACGAUAAAUAUCUUGAUCUAGCCACUUACAAUCAAUUAAUUCGUUCUCUACAUCAAUUAACAAUUGUAAUGAGAGGUGAAGAAAAACUUUGGAAUGUAAUUGUAAAUAUUUUAGAACAUGUGGAAACAUGUGGAGAUCCAAUAAAUAUUUCAAUUUUUACUAAUAUUCUUUAUACACUUGCACAUACAAGUGCUAAAAUGAAAUAUUCAAUGUCAUCAACAUUACAUUUAUCUGAUGAAAAUUAUGUUUCAAUAGGUUUAGGCUUAUUAAAUGAAUUAAAACGAUUAAAUUUUAAACCUGAACUUGGUACAUUAGCUAAUUUGUUGUUUCUAAUUAACGAAACACCAGCACCUCUAAAUCGAUCUUCCACAUCGACAAUAACUAAAUCCAUGAUAAAUAAACAGAAUAAUAAUAAUUUGGUCAAUGAUCAUACUGAUCAUUCAUCAUAUACUUGUUCUAAUCUAUUGAAUGAACUAUUAAAUGAAAUAGAAAUCUAUUUUAAUAAUAAUAAUUCUGGUAUAGGCCGAUCACCUCAACGUUUCGAUGCAUGGACAAUAGAUGAUUAUAUGUUUUUUCCAAUAGCAAUGAAAUGUGCAAUGAAUGAAUUAAAUGUAAAAUUAGGUCAAAAAAUCCAUAAUUUAUUAAUUCAUCAUGAAGAUAGAACAUUUUUAUUGCCUAAUAUUCGAAUGAAACGAAGUUAUUUACAUGAUUAUUGUAAAUUAAUGAUUCAGUUUAAUAAAUCUGAUUUAAAUGAAUUUAAUCAAUUAAUUCAACGUUUUAAUACAACUUAUUGUCAGUAUUUUGAUGUGGUUUUACCGUCAAACAAUUUACUGACAACUUUAGUCAGAAAUUAUGACCGUAUAUUACGUUUAUGCGAUAAUUAUACUGUACAAAAACUAAAAAUCCCUUCAAGAAAAAAAACAUAUAAUCAGCAACAAAUUCAUUCAAUAAAAUUAACCACAUAUAGUUACUUAUGCAGAAUAUUAGAUGAUUUGUUGAAUAUUGAAUUCUCUCAUUAUUUACGUUUUAAUCCAAACAUCAUUGAACGGAUAACACAUAUAGUGUACAAAUGGGCUACUAUUAAUCCAAAGGAUGCAUUAGAUAUGUCUAUGAAAAUAAUAAAUGCUUUAAAAAGAUCAGAUAAUUUAAUAAAGACAAUCAAUGAUGUUUCUACAAAUACUGGAUCUCAUUAUGACGUCAAUAAAUUAAAAAUCGAUCAAUCAACUGUGAAAAAAUACGACGAACUUGUUAAAUUUAUGAUAAACGAAAGUACAAAAUUAUGUUUCCCAAUUUUUGAUCAAUUAUCUGCUGAAUAUAAUAGUGAUAAUAAAACUAAUCGUGAAGAAUACUUAACAUGGAAAACAAAAUUAGUUAAUACAUUAUAUGAUUGGUUUAGUUAUGCUGAUAGUCAUAAUAUGAUAACUUGGGAAUGGGCAACAAAAGGAUUAUAUAUUUUAUUGAAAGAAGAUGAUUUUAUACAACUGGAUUUUAUGUGGAAUGUUAUGCAAUGUUUGGUGAAACAAGAUGUGGAAUUCAAAGUUUAUGUUAGAGAACAAAGAGAUUUAUUAGAACCGGUUUUAAACAUUCUAGAACAAUCCAUUUCAAAAAUCUCACGGCAAGAUAUUGAAUCUACCGAAAAAUUAGAAUGUUUACAGUUCCUGAGGAAAGUUCUUAGAGCCACGGAGUCUGCAAAUAUGCUACCCUUGUAUUCUAGUACGUCUAAUCCCGUUAAAGUUCGCGCCCAUGAUUCUCAAUAA